GCUGGUCGCCUGCUGAUACGGAAGUUAAUCGCAGAGAAGUUGUGCAUACCUUGGAAUGAAAUACACUUGCAAAGGACAUCAAAAGGAAAACCUUUCCUGGCAAAUAAUGUAUUCAGUAUCUAUUCAAAUUACAACUUCAAUGUCUCUCAUCAAGGCGAUUUUGCAGUUCUUGCAGCUGAGCCUGAGCUUCAAGUUGGCAUUGAUGUUAUGAAGACUAAUUUACCAGGUAGUAGCUCGAUUCCAAAUUUCUUUCACAUCAUGAAGCGACAGUUUACUGAAACAGAGUGGGAUGUAAUCAAGUCUAUGAGUAAUGAAUGGAUGCAGCUGGAUAUGUUUCAUCGGCACUGGGCCUUAAAGGAAAGCUUCUUAAAGGCUAUUGGAGUCGGAAUUGGCUUUAACUUGCAAAGAAUUGAAUUUAAUGUUUCCCCAUUGCAACUGGAAAUAGGGAAGGUGUAUAAGGAGACAAAAAUGCUUCUGGAUGGAGAUCAAGAAGAAGAGUGGACAUUUGAGGAAACCCGGUUAGAUGACCGUCAUCAUGUUGCAGUGGCUCUUGGGAAGCAGGAGGGAUUUGGACAGAAUCAUUCUGAUGUACAUUCCACGGAGCCUAACCAUCCACAGUUUACAUUAUUGACUUUUGAAGAAUUAGUUGCAUCUGGCAUUCCAGUCGCACCUGAAGAUUCUGCAUAUUGGGAUAAUUUUUGUUCUAAGGAGGAGAGUCCAGUGAAACAGAAUUCACAUUCAAGAGAAAAAUGCUUAUAA